AUGUAUGAACAGUUGAUGCUAGAAGAGGAGCAGGUUAAUUGGUGUCAUCUUAUCCAGCACAAUGGAGCGAGGCCUAGAGCCAUAGUCUGCUUAUGGCUUGUCUGCCAUAAUCGUUUGGCUACUAAAGCCAGAUUGAAACGACUCGGUUUACUGCAUGAGGACUGUUGUAACCUUUGUGAGGACCAUAAAGAGGACAUUGACCACUUGCUUACCAAAUGCAAAGUUACUAGGAACAUUUGGCAGGAUGUGUUAUCGUGGCUUGAAGUUAAGCGAAACCCUCAACAUUGGCAAGAAGAGAUGAAGUGGAUUCUUCAGAACACGAAAGGCAAGAGUUUCAGGGCUAGCAUGCUGAAGAUCGCUGUGGCGGAAACUGUCCAUGGUAUAUGGAGGUUUCGUAAUGAGUAUACCUUUGGUCUGAAUACAAAUAAAGAUUCUUCUACUGUUGUUCAUAGGAUCAUUGAAUCUAUAGUCUUUAGAGGUUGGCUGAAAGAUAAAUUUAGAAAGAAAUUAGCUUUACUCAUGAUGUAA